UCAGUUAGAAAUCAAAGUUUCCUACUAGAACAGUUGAAUUGAAGAAUAUCUAAAAAUGAAACGUAAGUGUUCAAUGUGUGAUGUUUGGAUGUUGAGUUCAUGUGCCAGAAAAAUCACCAAUAAAUUGUACGAUUAUGCAGUGGAAAAAAAGAUUAAAAUAGAUGAGAGUAGCUCCUUCAUUUGUCAACGAUGCUACCACAAACUAUAUGAACCCAAUGAUGCCGUGACCGAAGAAGCCGUUGCAGGACCAUCCAGAAUCGCUGCUGCAGGUACGUUAUUUGAAAAUUCAUGUGAUUCUUCUUCAAAUUUCAAUUCUUUUCUUCUAACUACUAACUUAAACUCUUCUUUUUUGCAAUCAUUUUUCAGAGUCCAUCGAAGCAACCAGCAUUGAAUCAAUUUCCGUUGCGGGACCGUCCAGAAUGGUUCCUUUUCCCUGCCAAGGUAAAUAAUAAAAAAAUAAAUCGUUUGUAUGCUUUUUUUUCUAAUAAUCAAUCAUUUUUUAUAUUUAUUUUCAGAAUCAGUGGAAACAACCAGUUCUGAAUCGAUCGUUACCACCUACAACGCACCUUUGUCGGACGAAAAUGAAUUCCUUAUACAACUUAAGGAUAAAUAUAAAGAAACAAGAGACAGCAAUGAGAGAUACAGGAUUUUAACCACACUUCCCAAAAGUUGGUCUACAUAUAAAAUUAUGAAGGAGUUCAAUGUUUCCCAACAUAUGGCCAACCAAGCAAAAGCACUGCAGCAAGAGAAAGGAAUAAUGUCGGUGCCUGUAAAGAGGUUAAGCAGAGCUUCAUUAGGAGAACCAACGAUAAUGCUUGUUCGUGAUUUUUACAAUAGUGACGAUAUAAGUCGUGUUUGUCCGGGGAAAAGAGAUUAUUUAAUAUCUAAAAAUGAUGAAGGCGAAAUCUACGUACAAAGAAGAUUAGUCUUGUGUAACUUGCAGGAGGCGUACUCCAUCUUUAAAAAUACAUAUCCUGAUAUUAAAAUAGGAUUUUCCAUGUUCGCCAGUAACCGCCAGUAACACUGCAUUUUGGCAGGGACAAGUGGCACGCAUACCGUAUGCGUUUGUAUAUAUCAUCAGAACGUUAAACUUAUUUUUAAAACACUACAAAGCAGACAAUCACUCCCAGAUGGUGUUGAUUCCUAUCACGAUUUGUUUAAAAAAAUAAUUUGUCAAAAUCCAAGUGAACAAUGCUGGCUGCAGUGUUGCAAAAAUUGUUCAGGAACGCAAAUUUUGGCCACAGAACUAAUGACUAUUCUUAGUAACGGACAUGUUGAAUCAAUACAAUUCAAACAAUGGCGUCAAGUAGAGAGAUGCAUU